ACUUUCACCACCCAACCCACGUCUUUCCGCAACACAAAACCGCCAUGGAGACGUCCAACGUCAUGCCCAACGCUGGCUUCGGGCUCAAUGGCGGCGACCUUGCCCCUGCCCAAGACAUCAUGAACGCCGACAUGGACAUCGACAUGGACAUCGACCUCACCGUGGACCCAGAGACGGCCGAACUCGAAGCCGAGGCCAUGAAGAUGGACCAUCUCAGCAGCGCUCCUAUUCCCGAAGGCGCCGUCGACCAGCCGCCUUUGACCACGGAGCCGCAGCCAGAGAAGGUGCACGUCAGAGGACUCGACAACCUGACUACCGGGAGCAUCAAGGCCUUUGCCAUGGAGCACUAUCCUUCGGACGCCUACGUGCGCCUGGAGUGGAUUGACGACACCUCUGCCAACAUCAUCUACGAAACGGCCGACGCGGCGCGCGACGCGCUGCUCGCCCUCACCGACCCCGCCGUUAUCGACCCCCAGUCAAAGCACGAAGUCGAGCUACGCAAAGCCAAGCCGAUGACAAGCCACCCCGAUGCCGACCUCUUCGUCCGGCAAGCCGUGGUCACCGAUUUGAAGAAAGCGCGCGCCCACGAAGCGAGCCGCUUCUAUCUGAUGAACCCAGAGCACGACCCCAGAGAGAGGAAAAGAAGACACCAAGACUUGGGCCGCGGGGCUGGCGACUACAACCGGAGACGCUUUGAUGACCGCGAGCAGAGGCGGCGGAGGAACCAGGACACAUUCGACGUGGACAUGUACGACGAGAGCGGCGAAGGAGGAGGGGAGGCGCCACGGGCCCGCUCGCGGCGGCACCGGCGCGACUCGUACUCGGACUUUUCGUCUGGCGAUGAGCGGCGCGGCGGACGGCGACGGGCCGUCAGAGGCAGAGGAGGCGACCUCUUUGGCGACGGGUCCAAGUCGGACGGCCGACUGCGCAACCGCAGCGCAUCCCCACUUCGUGACGGCGACGGCCGCCUCGGCUUCGAAGAAGACCCCGUCGCGAUGCAGCGGCGCGUGCGGCGUCGCAGCCAGACGCCACCGAGCGCGUACCGGGCGCGCGAGAACGGCGCCAUGGCGCAGGCGGCCGGCGGGAAUGAGGGUAAAGAGCUAUUCCCAGUGCAAGCGCCCAAGUCGGCGCUGCUGUCCUCGUCCAGCGGAACGGCCACCCCCGCGGCCAACAGCGGCAACAGCAACAGCACCAAAGAGCUCUUCCCCAGCAAACACAUCCCAGGCAAGCGCUCGCGCGAGCUCUUCCCCAACAAGACGGCCCACAGCAACCACAGGCGACAAGACGCCCUCGACGCAGCCGACAUCUCAGACGCCGCGUUCACGCAGCUGCGCGCGAACAGCAGUCUCGAGGACCGCAUCACGCCGAGCGACGGCAGCAACGGCCGCAGCCUUGAGGACCGCAUCAACAGUGGCAGCAACAGCAAAGCGCACAGCCGGCCGCCGGCCGAGGGCUUCAGCGUGCGCGGCGCCAGCCGCUCCGAGCACGGCGAGCCGGCGCCAGGCUUCUCGAUCCGUGGCGCGGCGGGCGAGGCGCCCAGGGAGCUGUUUCCGCUUAAGUCGGGCAAGGGGGGCUCGGGUGGGAAUGCGGGGAAGGAGCUUUUUGCUGAGAAAAUCAAGGGGAGGGGUGGGCCGCGGAGGAGGGCCGAGGAUAUGUUUUUCUAAGCGUGUGCGGGUUAUGUGUGUGUUUGGGGUUCGAAGAUGGGUGGGAGUGAGAUGGCGAUGAUCUUCCCUUUUUUCCUUCUUCUCCUCCUCCUCCUUCUUCUUCUUUUUCUUCUUCUUUUCCUUUCUUGGUACGGGUUCUCGGUUCCUCAAUACUUUCUCCUUCCUCCUCUUCCUCUUCUUCU